AUGCCAUCCCACUACCUCAUCCUCGGCGCAGGCGUCAUCGGCCUAACCACCGCCCUCGAACUCUCCUCCCGCUUCCCUUCCUCCACCAUCACCAUCAUCGCCCGCUUCCUCCCCGGCGACCACCACGCCACCUACACCUCUCCCUGGGCAGGCGCAAACUGGCUCUCCGUAGCUACCGACAAUGGCCGCCAAGAAUCCUGGGACGCCAUCACCUAUAGAAAAUUCAAGGAGCUUUCUCAAAGGGUUAAGGAAACGGGGGUUUGUAGUAUGCCUAUUACUGCGAUAUAUGACUCGGUGAUUGAGGAGGCGGGGGUGUUGAGUCAAGCGACGGGGAAGAUUUGGUAUGAGAAUUUGGUGGAUGGGAUUAGAAUGUUGGAGGAGAACGAGUUGCCAGAGGGAGCGAAGUUUGGAUGUGAUCUCAAGACGUUUGUGGUGGAUACGCAGGUUUAUCUUCCUUGGUUACAAGGGGAAGUAAAACGACAAGGCAUUGAGAUCAGAAGAGGCAUGUUUGACUCUAUUGACGAGCUGUUCACUGCCUUUCCCUCCGCAACUGCGUACUUCAACUGUACAGGUCUGGGUGCCUAUUCAUUAAAAGGCGUAGAAGACAAGAGCGUCUAUCCAACAAGAGGUCAAAUCAUGCUCGUCGAAAGCCCAAAAACUCCCAUGACGAGAAUGUACUUUCGCUCGCCACAAAGAGUAAACAAAGAUACCACCUACGUAUUCCCACGGGGUCCUCACAAUGGCGUUGUAUUAGGCGGUGUUCGUCUUGACAAUGUCUGGAAUGGAGACGUUGAUCUCGAGUUUGCCGAGGAUAUCAAGAGACGUUGCUGUGCUUUAGCUCCUGAAUUGGGCAAGCCGGAGGAUUUAAAGGUGAUUUAUCAUGGUGUUGGUUUGAGACCGAGCAGGAAAGGCGGUGCCAGACUGGAAAGAGAAAAGUUUGGUGAGCAUUUGGUCAUUCAUAACUAUGGUGCUGGCGGUGCUGGAUAUCAAGCUUCGUGGGGUAUGGCAAAGGAAGCUGUCGAUCUGCUGCAGAAGGGUUCUCGCCUAUGA